AUGAAGCUAUUCGUGAUAUUUUCCAUAUUUGCGAUGUUACCAGCUUCAUCUUCUGCUCCAACUUCAGAUGAUAUUCACGAUUUAUUGAGAGGUCAUAAAGAAAAACUGUUGAAAAACUAUUCGGAAGAUUAUGUGAAUCAAAUUUGGCGCGAAGCAUUGAUUCAACAUGGGAGAACAAUUAGAUUGGGUUGAUUUUUGAUCUACCGGAUUACUGUAGAUCUUUAAAUUUGCCACGUCAUAACACAAAUUCCCAAUGAACAAUUUAUUCCCAAAAAUCCCAAAAAUUUUCAAAUACUGAUAUCAAAAUAAUAUUUCCCAUUAUCAGUCAUGAAAUGUUUCGGACUUCCAUACCAGGCGACCACAAAAUCCUUCUUGCUCCACAACACAGUCAUCCGCGUUCCGUUUUGCUCGGCGCGAAUGCGCUGGUCAAUCCGCUCGGCCCACUGA